GCUGAUCAUGUGGACCAAGGGCUUCAACAUUCCUGAGACUGAGGGAAGGGACGUGGUCCAGGUACUAGAGGAGGCUCUUGAACGCCAGAAGCUUGACAUGAAAGUCACUGCACUGGUGAACGAUGCGGUUGGCACGCUGGCGGGAGCUCGGUUUGUGGAGUCCGAUGUGAUGCUGGGCGUGAUUCUGGGCACCGGCUCCAACGCGUGCUACGAGGAGAUCCAUGACACCAGCGUCAGGCAGACCGGCCCCCACCAGCCUCGGGCCGCAUGGUGAUCAACAUGGAGUGGGGCAACUUCUGGUCGGGCCAUCUGCCCAUUACCGAAUAUGACGACCUUCUGGACUCCAAGAGUGCCAACUGCGGUCAGCAGCGCUACGAGAAGAUGAUCUCAGGCAUGUAUGUGGGCGAGGUGGUGCGACUGGCGCUGCUGGACAUCUCUCAGAAGUCUCACCUCUUUGGCGACCCUGUCCCUCCUAAGCUGCUUCAACCCAACUCUCUCCCAACCCCUAAAGUGGCAAUCAUUCAUGAAGACACCUCUCCAGACCUUGCAAAAGUCGGAUCUGUUUUUGCAGAGGAGCUUGAGCUCCCAGACACCUCAUUGUCGCAGCGCCAGGCAGUGCAGGAGGUGUGCCGCAUCAUGGGGGAGAGAGGCGCCCGCCUCGUGGCUGCUGGCAUCGUGGGCGUGCUGCAGAAGCUGGGGCGCGACGGGAAAGCACCGGCGAACGCACAGGCAAACGCACAGGCAAACGCACAGGCAAACGCACAGGCAAACGCACAGGCAAAGGCUCCUGAAGGAGAAGCAGAAGCAUCAGCUGUUGAUGGUGAUGCAGCAGCAGCAGCAGCAGCAGCAGCAGCAGGGGCAGGAGAAGCAGCAGCAGAAGCUGCUCUGGGGCAUGUGCCGCGGACAGUGGUGGCGGUGGAUGGCGGCAUGUACGAGCACUACACUCCAUUCCGGGAGGCCAUUCACGAGACGCUCAAGGAGCUGCUGGGGGAGGAGGUGGCGGGGUUUGUGAGCAUGAAGCUGUCCAAGGAUGGGUCGGGGAUUGGCGCUGCUCUGCUGGCUGCCUCACACUCGGCAUACAAGGAGUAAUCAUAGCACAUACACGGUUCGAGCAUGUGAGGCCAUUCACGAGACGCUCAAGGAGCUGUUGGGGGAGGAAGGAGGUGGCGGGGUUUGUGAGCGUGAAGCUGUCCAAAGACGGUCGGGUACCAGCUCUGCUCUGCUUGCUGCCUCACAUUCAGUAUACCUAUAAGGAGUGAUGCACGAGGGAUGGGUCGGGGAUUGGGGAUUUGAGGGGAGGAGGUGGGGGUUUCUGUGAGCAUACUGUCUAGUAAUGGGUCGGGGAUUGGCAUUGCUCUGCUGGAUGCCUCACUUUGCGCACAAGGAGUGAUGUGAGUAUGGUCACCACUCGUUCUAGCAUAUUGGAGUGAGAAACAUUGCUCUGGGUGGAAGUUUGCUGACUCGUUUUGUGUACAGGGGUUGACAUGAAACAGAACAGAUAUUGGCUGGUUGCGUCCUUUCUCAUGGUUUGAAGUGUCGGUGGGUGGAAUUGUUCGUUCUUCAUCGCAUUCAAUUCUGUCUUGCUCAUUUGAAACAUAAAUAAUUGUACUGUGACUGUGAGUAAUAACCA